GAACUUUUUCAAUUUGAGUUUCAUAGAGACACAGGGAUGGGGACGGCUUAAACACGGCUGAGAUCCAGCACGUUUGCACUGAAGUCUUUCCUCUCGUGUUCCUCUUUCGAGUGAGCAGUGCGGAACUGUGAUUUCGCUUCAGAGGAGGCAGAAAGUGGAGCUCUGCGUCUGUGUAUUAUUUUUAUUUUUUUGGAGCUUUAUUUUUUUCGCCGGAUCAAAUUGAAGACAUGCAGGCUCGCUACUCCGUCUCCAGCCCCAACUCUCUGGGCGUCGUGCCGUACAUCAGCAGCGACCCGAGCUACUACCGGGCCGCUACCGGUGGGGGAUACACGGGGAUGCCAGCGCCCAUGAACAUGUACUCCCAUGCGGCUCAUGACCAAUACCCUGCCAGCAUGGCGCGGGCGUAUGGACCGUACACCCCCCAACCUCAGCCCAAGGAUAUGGUCAAACCCCCUUAUAGUUACAUCGCGCUCAUCACGAUGGCUAUCCAAAACUCGCCUGACAAGAAGGUGACCCUGAAUGGGAUUUACCAGUUCAUCAUGGAGAGGUUUCCAUUUUACAGAGACAACAAGCAGGGCUGGCAGAACAGCAUCAGGCACAAUCUGUCGCUGAACGAGUGUUUUGUCAAGGUGCCCCGUGAUGACAAGAAGCCCGGCAAGGGCAGCUACUGGACCCUGGACCCGGACUCGUACAACAUGUUUGAAAACGGGAGCUUCUUGAGAAGGAGACGACGGUUCAAAAAGAAGGACGUGGUGAAAGAAAAAGAAGAGCGGCUGCAGAAGGAUGUGCCUCCGAGGCAGCAAGGCCGUGAGCAGGAGCAGUCGGUGCAGGGCUCCAAGCCGGUGAGGAUCCAGGAUAUUAAGACUGAGAACGGGACAGUCACGCCGCCGCAGUCCGACUCGCCCUCUUUGAGCACCGUGCCCAAAAUCGAGAGCCCGGACAGCAGCAGCAUGUCCAGCGGGAGCCCCCACAGCAUCCCCUCCAAUAGGUCCAUCGGCAUGGACAGCAACGAGCACCACCAGCACCACGGCCAGGCCUCGACGCAGGGCUUCAGCGUAGACAACAUCAUGACCUCCCUGCGGGGGUCUCCCCAAGGUGCCACCGAGCUCGCCCCCAGCCUUAUCGCCUCCUCCAGGACGGGUAUAACACCGUCUUUGUCCUUAAACUAUUCUCCAAAUCAGACAUCUGUCUAUAGUUCACCGUGUAACCAGAACUCCAUGUCCACUACCUCCAAUGCAACCUAUCAUUGUAACAUGCAAGCCAUGAGUUUGUACGCCGGGGACAGAUCUAGCCACUUGGCGCCGAGCACCACCGUGGACGAAACGUUGCCAGAUUACUCAGUCACGACCACCUCACCUUCCAUGACCCACGGUAAUCUAAACUCAGUGCAGGAGGGCCACCAUCCCCACCAAGGGAGGCUGACCUCCUGGUACCUCAAUCAGGCCGGAGACCUGGGCCACUUGGGCGCAGCGUACCCAGCACAGCAGCAGAACUUUCACUCAGUCCGAGAGAUGUUUGAAUCCCAAAGAAUUGGCUUGAAUAAUUCGCCGGUGAAUGGGAAUAACAGCUGUCAGAUGUCGUUCCCACCGAGCCAACCCAUCUAUCGCACUUCGGGCGCGUUCGUAUAUGACUGCAGCAAGUUCUGACCAAAGAAAAAAUAUAAGCUAAAAAUUCCCCUCAUGGUGUUUGAACUCUUCCAGUAAAAUCCAACGUCCCCCCCCCCCCCCCCCCCCCCCCCCCCCCCCCCCCCCCCCCCCCCCCCCCCCCCCCCCCCCCUGCCGCCCCCCUCUCACCUGCCCACACCAUAUGGACUAAUGUGAGACAGAAAACAAACAAAAAACAGAAAAGACUCUAUCUCGGUUUUUUCUAAAGAAAAAGUGUUACUGCAAAUAACACGUAAGUCUCUCUUUGCUUUUGUGGCUUUCCGUAAUAUGUUAAGGAUAUGUCAGUUUUCAUGGACGUGUAAAUUGCAUAUAGUAAUUUAUUUCUAAAAAUGUAGCCGGGUAUUAUGGACCAAACACCCAAAAAAGUGUUUCUAAAUUGAAUUGCCUUAAUUGUCCAAACAAUUGUUCCAAUAUAGAAAGUAAGAAAAAAGGAACGUGUAUAUCGCCGUACUAUUUUAAAGAUUCUUCAUUUGUUGGAAAAGUAUUCUGAAGGAUUUUGUUUGUUUGUUUAAUAAAUUUUCAUUUCAU